UUUAUUAACAAUGAAUGGCAUGAGUCUACAAGUGGAAAGAAGUUCCCCACGUACAACCCUUCAACACUGGAGAAAAUUUGUGACAUUGAGGAAGGAGACAAGCCUGAUGUGGACAAUGCAGUGGAAGCAGCUAAGGCAGCAUUCCAGAGGGGAGCUCCGUGGAGGCAGAUGGAUGCCCUAAGCAGAGGACGACUCCUGCACAAGCUGGCUGAUCUUCUUGAGCGAGACAGAGUCAUCCUGGCAACUCUGGAAACAAUGGACACAGGAAAACCUUUUCUGCAGGCUUAUUUCAUUGACCUGGAAGGUUGUAUAAAAACACUCCGAUACUACGCUGGAUGGGCUGAUAAAAUUCAGGGCAGAACUAUCCCAGUGGAUGAAAAUUUUGUCUGUUUUACCAGGCACGAACCGAUGGGUGUCUGUGGAGCUAUAACUCCAUGGAACUUCCCGUUGCUAAUGCUGGUUUGGAAGAUGGCACCAGCGCUGUGCUGUGGAAACACUUUGGUUAUUAAGCCAGCUGAACAAACUCCUCUCACGUCGCUGUACAUUGGCUCACUGAUCAAGGAGGUGGGUUUCCCUCCAGGUGUGGUGAAUAUUGUGCCAGGCUAUGGCCCCACAGCCGGAGCUGCUAUUUCUACCCAUCACAGCAUUGAUAAAAUUGCUUUUACUGGAUCAACAAAGGUUGGAAAACUGAUCAAAGAAGCUGCUUCUAAAAGCAACCUCAAAAGGGUGACAUUAGAGCUUGGAGGGAAAAACCCCUGCAUUGUGUGUGCAGAUGCAGACUUGGACUUGGCAGUGGAAUGUGCCCAUCAAGGCGUGUUUUUCAAUCAAGGGCAGUGCUGCACGGCUGCCUCGCGAGUGUUCGUGGAGGAGCAGAUCUAUCCGGAGUUCGUCAAGCGCAGCGUGGAGUAUGCCAAGAAGCGACUAGUUGGAGACCCCUUUGAUGCCAGAACUGAACAAGGACCCCAGAUUGACCAAAAACAGUUUGAUAAAAUCCUGGAGCUGAUAGAAAGUGGGAAGAAAGAAGGGGCUAAGCUGGAGUGUGGGGGUCUUGCCAUUGAAGACAGAGGCCUGUUUAUAAAACCCACUGUGUUUUCAGAGGUCACUGACAACAUGCGUAUCGCCAAAGAAGAGAUUUUUGGGCCAGUUCAGCCAAUUAUGAAGUUCAAGAGCAUAGAAGAGGUCAUAAGAAGAGCCAACAGUACCGAGUAUGGACUUACAGCUGCAGUGUUCACAAAGAAUCUGGACAGAGCAUUAACACUUGCUUCUGCACUGCAAUCAGGAACUGUCUGGAUCAACUGUUACAACGCGCUCUACGCACAAGCUCCUUUUGGUGGCUUUAAAAUGUCAGGCAAUGGCAGAGAACUUGGUGAAUAUGCUUUGGCAGAAUAUACCGAAGUGAAAACAGUCACCAUUAAACUCUCCCAGAAGAGUCCGUGAAAACAGAAGGCCUAAAAUGCUGACACUCUGAAUGUGACACAUGGGGGACGUGUUCAGAGCAAAGGGGGAGGGGAGGGGUAGAAAGGAAAAUGGAAACACCUAACUUUAUUCCUCUAGAAACACUGAAUCGACUGGACUCCAUUUUGUCAACUAGCUCUUUGAAAACGGAUUUAACUGACCCUACUGGCAGCAUAGCACAUACUUGUGCUGCACAAGUCCCCGGCUGUACAUCUGCCCGCUACCUGUGACUAAAAUGCUGGUCAGUCACAGUGCUUGCAGGAUAUCUGCUUUCAAACUGUACCCCU